AUGGCGCUGCCAAGGAGUGUUUGGUUUCUGGUGGUGAAUCUGAGUAGUUUGUUGACUUGUUACACUGUCGUAUGCUAUUCUUCAGCUGAUUCUUGCAAAGAAAUGAAAUGCCAGGUUUUAGAGGAACGUGAUUACUCGUCCGAGUUUCGAUUCAAAGCUUCUGAACAAGGUGUAAGGCUCGUGUACCUGAAUUUUAAGAUCUUCAAUGACAGUUACGACCAACCUGUGCCGAAGAACAGAAUUUUGCCCUACAGAUGGACGUGGGCUCAAAGUGUUAGCGAGUCGAUGUUAGCGCUGUCCUACGAUUAUGAUGUUUUGUCCCUUGGUCUCUUGAAAAACCAAGUGAGGUCCAUAAUGGUGACUCUAAAGGAAACACAAGAUGGCUGUUUCGCUCAUUUGACUCCGCCGUGUCAGGAUAUUACUCUUGCAACAUCCCUGUUGAAUUUCACAAGAAAUUUAACUACUUCUAAACCGCCGGAUGAGAUAAACGGUGUGGUUUGUUUCCGAGUCUUUGAAGAGUUUUCUUUCGGCGUUGGAGGUAGUUUUAAAUACCAAUGCUGCAAGCAAUCUGGAGAACAACGGGGAAAAAGAAAGCCAAUUCACUGCGGCUUUGAUGUUAUAGAAAGCAAGUGGCUAUUGGUUUUCAACUAUAUCCUUAACGUAGUCGUAUCAGUUGUGUUCCUGUACUGGCCUCUACUCUUCUGUGCCAUACCGGAAUACUUUUUCAACGGAAUUCGCCAAAAACGCCAAACACCAGAGGAAAUCCCAGUGGAUGAUUCAAGCCCGAUAACCUUUGCGGUGAUUGUAAGCAAGUGCGCGGAAAGGUUAACAUUUUUAAAGCACGGAUUGAACGUAAAAUUGAUUCUCCUAUGGUACUGUGUCCUUCCAAUAAUUUUUUAUGUUAAGCUUGCGUUAUAUUUCAUAAUCAAAGGAAACUUUGACGAUGCUUCCGGUAAGCUUUUGUUUCAAGUUGGAGAUUAUUACCUUCAUAUUUUUGACAUGAAGAAACCCGUUGUGUAUGUUCUGUUUAUUUUGCCUUUAUUUACAAUACCUACUGUGAUAUUUUCUUUUUGGAGGCCUGAAGGAGCAAACCUGCAAACUAGCAAAUAUAGUCUUUGCGAAACUGAAGGCAUCCUAACUCCGCAAAAGGAGGUACAGAAGCAUGUAAAAGUAAUUCCAAGUAGGGUAAUGCAAGUAAUGGAAACCUUUCUUGGCCAGUUUACUAAUAGUAAGUGCGAAUUAUGGAGAAAUACUGAGCACAUGCCUUCUCAACAUUCACCGUGUGGACAUGCUAUUUGUGUGCUAGGUUCGGUUGCUUCUGCAAUUGUUGUUUGUCCACUGGCUGUUGUUUUCACUUUCGUGAUUUUUUUACUCGUAUCGGUCGUUUGCCUUGUGCUAUAUUCUCCUUUGUUGUGUCUACUGCAAAUUAGUUUCAGGUUUAUUCACAAGCGUUUUUUUUAUAAAAGCUUGUUUUUUUUAAUCUUUCUUUAUUCGUCUCUCAGCUUAUUCAUCGUCGUCAUCUUUUCCUCUCAAUUCGUGGUUCGAAUGUUUGGUUUCGUUGUCAUGGGAAUCAUCCUUAACGCAGAAUUUGCGAUUCCCUAUGUCACAUUUUUCUUCGUAGUUUGGAGAAAUAUAUAUCUUUGCUACAGUAAUUUACAAAAUAGAUACAAGGAGGUUAAAACAAUGAUUUCAGAACAGUGGAAGGAGAUUUCGAAGGAGAAAAUGAUACCAUACGAAGAAGAUACAAUUCCAACAGCGCUGUUUUGGUUUGUUUGCAACAAACGGCGUGUCUUGCCAAUUGCUGAUGAAGUUUUCUUAAUGCUAUGUAAUGUGCUAGCGAUACUGAUAUUUUUGUCUAUUGCGUUAGCGGCAAUCUUUCUCUUUAAGGUGGCGUAUACGUCGUCGGCCGUUGUCUCGACCAUCGCUGUUUUUGUAAGCGGGAAAAUAUCAGAAAUGUUUUUCAGCAGGGUUACGACAGGAUGCAGUAUUAGCGGCUGGGAGAAAAUUCGCAAGAAAGAGAGUAUCCAGCUCGCUGUGGAGGAAUUUCAGAAUAUAUACUUUUCGCCUGAAAGUCCGACUGGGCGAGCAUGGCAAGUGAUAUAUCUUACGUAUCGCGCUUGACUACGGUAUAAACAGGAAGUUAAGUGUAAUAAUCCUGGUAUUCAGGUAAAAACGUCACUUUUCCUUGUUUCCAAAUGGAGAGUUUUUAAUUUAUUUUUUCAAAAUUUUGGAUCCUGUCCCCUACAACCGCAAAAAUAAAAGUUAGUUUCGCGCAAGAAAGUUCUUCCAUCUUGAAAAUAUUAUUAACAGUUCUAAGACGUUUAGCUUAACGUACAUCUCCUGUUUAACUCUUAGUUUUUAACUAUUAUUGUGUGAAAUGUGUAUGCUAAUUUAAAACACGUUAUACUUACAACCAGUUUAUCAGAAGUUAAAUGUUUGGAAUACACUAACCUUUAGAGUGAUUUUACUUGAACUGUGAAACAGAUACUAACAAAUAUUGCAAAAUAGCAAGAGGCAAUCAAAAUAAGACAAUAGAAUUAGUGCAUAAUAGUGCGUAGUAUUUUACUAUCCAUUUCAUGGUUCAAAUAAAAUCACUUAAUGCCAGUGGAAUACACUGAAAGUCUUUGUUCUUUCCUCUAACUGCAUUUGGCCCAAGUGUAAUGUAAGAGUUCGUAUGGGGAACAAAGUUCAGAUUGAAUAAAUAGACUUAGACUAGACAGUGGAAAUAUCGUUACCUUGUUUUGCUUUUGCCUUUUCUGCGCAAUUUUAGUGCGAUUUGAGCGGUUUUACAUCAUCUUAUCAAAGUAAUAAGGAAUCCUCGUUCGAAUCGAAUUGUACAUACCGUGAAUAGCCUAAUAAACGCCCACUUCCAAAUCUCUAAUAAACGCCCCUGUGAAAGAGAUGCCCCCUUUGAGAAUUACUCCAAAAAUACUAGGAAUUGGCAAAAAAGAGCAAAAUGAUUCAAUUCCUUCAGUUUCUUGCUUGAUUAACCAAGGUUUGCAUAAUGUCAAGUUCAAAGUAAGGAUAGACUAACGAUGGCAACACAAUAACCCUGACCGAGGAUUCUAACAUCGAUGUUGGAAUUUGAAAAAGCGAUAUGGAUGAUAAGAUGGCCUAGACGUAUCGACUGAUGGAGUGGAUAUUCCGCGAUUUUUAAACUCUCUUGAUUUUUUUGCCGAAAGCAUACUAGUUUUGUUGUGCUUGUUGUAGUUAUGAGAAUAAACGCCUCUCUCUGUUCGCUCAUGUGAAAAUUCGGUGAUGUGAAGACAUUGCCUUGUCCCUGUACAGCUUCUUCCCAGGCCUUCACGAUCAAUGCAUUUCGGUGACGUAGCCGAGACAAGCGCCGUUCAAACCACAUAACCCAAGUCUCACAGGCCGCGCAGGAUAGUGAGUCUUAAAGACUAGGCGAGUGAAGACACUUGGUAGCAGCAAUGAGGGCACCCGUAAAGUAACAGACGUAGGUGUCCAUAUUUGAAAUGUCUGUCUGGGUCACUUCUUGGUGUCCCGGAUUGUUAACCUCGUUUCUAAGAGAAAAGAUCCCGAGAACGAGGUUGGUUGACGGAGUGAUCACAAAUGACGUAUAUACAAUCAACUCCCGUUAAUCCCUUUUGUGGGCACCGCGAGUUAGUCUCCGUUGUAAGGAGGGUCAUUAAUAGCGGGUACGUGAAGAAAUUUCUUUGAAAAACACUUGCUUUUAUAAAUAACAUGCCUUUGCAUUUGGAUUACUUGUAACCGAAAAACAAACUUUAGCGCAGAAAGAAUUUAGUCAGACUGGACCAACGUAUUAAUGGCAGAGAGACUUGACAGCUAGUCUUUAGAAAUGUUGAAGAGGACAUUUAGAUUAUUAGCAACAGAAUAAGGGUUAACCUUAAUGAAAAGAGAAGUCAGAAGUUACAAGUGGAAGAAAUAAAUCGUACUUUUAUCUCUCUGUUAAAAGGGGCAGCUUGUUGUCCGUUAUAACGAGAGUUAAAACAACAAAAUUAUGCUGUAUGUGUCCUUAAUUCUGUAAUAGCAAGAGUCUUUAACAGCGAGGGUUUGUUUCAGUCAAAUGCCUAUCUCAGCUCUUUUCCGGGGAUUUAGCAGCUGUCCGUAUUAUCGGGGUGUCUGAAAUAGUGAGACGUCUACAAGACGAGAGUUGACAAAUACAAAAGAUAAGAUGGCACGUACGCACGUACCCUCGAGAAGAUCGCGGAUGAGAGAAGGGCGCUUUGCCUGAAUUGAAGUCGCCGCAGCCCGAAAUUCUGGACUAAAUGCUGACUCGUCCCCGGUCAUAUAUGUUGAACGUCUCCCUAGUGGCGCACAGGGUGGGAUGGGAAGGAGGGAAACGAGGGAUUGAGAUUAUCCCUUCCAUCAACCCUUGUUCCCGCUGUCAUCGCCUUCGUAACGAAGACUACUGGGGUCAAGCAGGACGAUUCAGUACUAAAUGUGUGAUAUAUUUACAGGA